UGUCUCUGUUGUUGUCGCUUCUCUGUUCAUCAUGGCGCAUCAUGAUCCGCGCGACUCGCGCGACAUCCCCGGACUGCCCUUUCAAGGUGAUCAGGCAUUCAUGCUGCCUCCCAUCCGACGCGCCAGAGUACCCGAGCGGGAGAAGCGAACCUAUAGGGCCUGCCUGCAUUGUCGACAACGAAAAAGUCGCUGCGACUUUCGCCGUGGUGUUGGACUAUCAGGAGGGUCGUCAAGGUCCAAGCCACCAAUCUUCCUCAAUCAUGAUCCUCGUUGGCAAGAAGCCUGGUCAAAUUUCGAUCCUGACAUAACUUUCAGAUAUGGCAGUGGCGAACCGGGAAAACCACCUUGUGAGCGAUGUAUACGAGAAAACCAUGAAUGCAUUCUCGGUCCAUCUCAUCGUGGCGGCCGAAGAAUCAAACGCAGCGCUACAGAGUCUGAGCAACCAGAGAAUGGCAUUUCUCGUAAUGCUUCUUCGAGCGAGGAUAUCGGGCAAUCUUCUGUUCCUCCUGUGCAACACGUGCAACAUGUGCAACAAGAAAGCACUCACGAGGAAAGGGACGAAAAUUACCACAGAAGGCUGCCAUCCUGGCCGCAAUAUACGCCAGGCCCGAGGAGUACACCAGCAUCUGCUCCGGAGGCACCAACCUCUCAUCCUAACACCAAGAUGACUGUCGACGAAAGCAUCGUCUCGACCAACCUGCAAAACCCAUCUGACGCCCUUGAGUUCCUAGCUAACGUGGCUGGUCGCAAUGAAGGAGCAGCACAAACGCCUUCCGCACAUGGUUCCAUGUAUGCAAGGUCUCCACAUCAGAGUGGCGCAGAACAGCACGCCCAAGACAGGACACCUUCGUCUAACCAUCCUUCGCCGUCAGUCAUGCAAAUACAAUUUCCACCGUACCAAAAAGGUCAUGUCUCUUUAGGCAUGAUGCAUGCACUAAUAGAGAGAUACAAAAUGAAGUAUCACCAGUUUUACUCGGUCGUGCCGCCUUUUAUGUUCGAGGCAGACCUACUUGCAGCUAACUCGGUACAUGAGCCAUAUUUGUUGGCUGCUGUAUGCACCAUUGCUUCCAAGGACGAGCCAUCGUGGUGGGACACCCAUGAAGCUUGUUCGACCCACAUGCAGCAGCUCAUUGCCGAACUCAUGUAUGGUGGUAUCGCCACUCUCGGUGCUGUAGAGGCGCUGUUAGUGCUGGCCGAAUGGGUCCCGAGGCCGCCCCAAUCAAUGACAGCAGUUGGUCGAGGAGAAGAAGAACAGACUGCGUGGAUGCUUUCAGGCAUGGCCAUUCGAAUGGGCUAUCUUCUAGGCAUUGAUCGCACAGGUUUUGUGAAUGAGUCUGAUCCUGCCGCACCGGACUACGUUCGGAAGCGUCUUGCUUGGGUUGGAUGUUACAUGAGCGAUCGCCAUAUAUCUGUUCGUGUCGGGAAAGCCUUCUGGAGCAGGGGCCCGGCUAUGAUCAAGUUCUCAUCUCGAGAUUUCCAGGACAUCAAAUACCCAGGCAAUCCUAUGGACAACUUUGCGGCUCUCUGUGAAGCUCAUCUGGAGUUGACGCAGCUCUUCAGCAAUGCUCACGACGUAUUGUACUCCUCGAAGAACAGGAGCGCACAACUGAACUUUGGUGGGGAAUACGUCAAGUAUAUUGUGAGUGCCUUGUGUACUGGGNNUACAUCGGUCAUCAAAGCAGCUCUCAUCAUAUCCUUCGAAUACCUUCGACUCUACGUCAAUGCUUUCGCAUACCAGGCAACUCUGACACGAAUGGCGCAAGAAUAUAGCGAUGAACAAACAUCACGAGGCCCGCAACGUGCGAAUGGACGGGUUGCAUUCACAGACUUCAUUGCCGCAACGCCAGACGCGCGAUUUAUCUACGAUUCUAUUGACUCUGCCAAAAAGCUACUGACCAUUUCUAACACACUGCUUGAUCCUACGACAGAGUUCAGGUACAUGCCCUUGCGGUAUUACCUUUAUGUCAUCUACUCGGCUGUCUUCUUGUACAAAGCAAGAUCAACCGGAGUCUUGGGCGCGGAUGGCGGAGAUGUCAAGAGGACUAACCAGAUGAACAUUGAUCAGACACCGCAACAAGCCUACACCAAUGCGUUCACCUUCUCCUGGCUAGACCUGCAUGCAGUCGGCGACUUUGCAACCAACAACAACGGCAACAUGAUGGAUAGCUACGAGAGCUUGGAUGACGUCUCUCAAGAACCAGCAUACGGACAUUUCGAUCCAAACUUUGUUCAAGGGCAGCAGCAACAGAUGGGCUGGAAUGGUUUCUCAGCUCCCGGCAUCAUAUUC